AUGGAUAAUAAAAUAACUCGUACGACAUAUCUGUACUCAAUCCUAGCGAUAUUCGCCAGACCAGCUUCAGCCACCAUCCUAUAUCAAGAUCUUUACCUCGUACCUUCCUACGCCAAAGCACACGGAAUCCUGAUGAGCGUGGCUUUCGUCCUCAUCUUCCCUCUCGGCGCUACAGUACUUCGCCUCUCCAAGUCCAAACACGCAGUUUGGCUUCAUGCCGGCAUCCAACUCACAGGAUGGGCUCUUAUGCUCGGCGGCCUGGCCACUGGCCUUCGUGUGGGGAAGAUACUAGACAGACUGCACAACAACGCCCACACGGUUUUCGGAACAGUCAUCGUUGUGCUCAUGCUCAUCCAGCCGUUCCUGGGUGCCAUCCACCACUGGAGGUAUAUCCGGAAGAAGACGCCGUCGGCUCUAGUCCCAGUGCAUGUUUGGCUGGGCAGGAUUCUGAUCAUCCUUGGCAUGGUCAAUGGUGGGUUAGGGCUUCGGCUUGCGGAUAAUACUCAUGGGGGGAAGAUUGUGUAUGCGGUUGUUGCUGGGGUGUGUGGCGCGAUGUACUUGGCUUGGGUUGUCUAUCGUCUCAAGUGGACGGGGAACAGGAGCAAGGAGGUUGAGAAUGUAGAACUGCAGGGGACGGUGGAUUAG